AGAGGAAAAGCCGAUUUGAGGAUUACUUCGCAGGAUUACAGAUAGCGGGACGCUUCUUGCGGGCAGUUCAUAUCUGCGCUGGGGAAAUAUAAUCAUAGAGGAACACGUGUUUGCCGAAGUCUAGGAGCUACUUCGCUGCUUUUCGGGAGUAGCUGUCCCAACGUUAUACGGUCUCCUCUCGAGUCUUGACAACGACGGCGGCAACGGCAACAACCGGGUUUCCUUGACAACGAAGCGGAAGUGCGGUAACAAAAACUGUAUCAGAAAACAAAUAAUUUUUGCGGUUUUUCUUCCCCCCCCCCCUCCCGCGGGUACAGCGAUGUCUUCAGUCCCCGAAAUGAACCCCGACUCCAGUAAAUGGUUGGACGCCCACUACGACCCCGUAGCCAAUCUGUAUACAUUCUCAUCGUGCGUGAAUCUGGCGGAUCUGAACGGCGAUGGUGAAAAUACACUGGUGAUCGGCGACCUGGGUACGGGUUCGACCAACAUGAAGCUGAAGGUGUACCGCGGCACGGCUCUGAUGAGUGAGAACACGCUGCUCGACCUGCCCACAGGCUUGGUGUCUUUCCUGAUGGAUUUACACGAGCCUCGUAUUCCUGCUAUCGCUGUGGCAUCCGGCCCGUUCAUAUAUGUGUAUAAAAACCUUAGGCCCUAUUUCAAGUUCACCCUACCCGGCCUGGAGAUCAAUGCCUUGGAACAGGAUGUGUGGCAGCAGGUCAGGGAGGAUCAGAUUGAUCCCAUGACUAUGAAGGAGAUGUUGGAGAGCAUCCGAGACAAAGCUGAAGUUCCCCUCUCUGUCCGGUCCUUGAGGUUCCUGACGCUGGAGCAGCGGGAUAUGGAGGAAUUUGUGAAUCUUCACAAGCAGCAACCAAUACGAAGACAGACCGUCAUCACCUGCAUUGGAACGCUGAAAAAGAGCACAGCUGAUGAGGACGGGGUUAGCUGUCUAGUGAUUGGCACUGAGAGUAAUGAGAUCUACAUACUGGAUCCUGAGGCUUUCACGAUCCUCUCUAAGCUGUCCCUGCCCAGCGUGCCCACUAUGAUGGAUGUGACCGGUCAGUUCGAUGUGGAAUUCCGCAUCAUUGUUGCCUGUCGUAACGGGAACAUCUACAUCCUGCGCAGAGAAUCUUCCAAACCCAAAUACUGUAUCGAGCUCUCCUCCCACCCAGUGGGGCUUGUUAGGAUUUGGAAGAAUGUGGUGGUGGGCUGUGCUGAAGAGAACCUGCAAGGCUUCACACAGAAGGGAAAAAAGCUGUGGACAGCCAGGCUUCCAGCCCCUAUCACUGCCAUGGCGGCCAUGGACCUCCCCACCAGGGGAUUCCAGGCGGUUUUGGUGGGCCUAGCCAACUGUGAGGUCCACCUGUACCGAGACAAGAACCUCCUCAGCACAAUCAAGACACCCGAUAUGGUCACCAGCAUCUGCUUUGGGCGCUACGGACGAGAAGACGGGACCCUGAUCAUGACCACUAAAGGAGGGGGUCUGAUUGUGAAGAUCCUAAAGCGGACAGCCGUAUUUGAUGACAGGGACAGCACCCCCGGUCCCCCCAUUGCCCAAAGCAUCCGCCUAAAUGUCCCCAAAAAGACCAAGCUGUAUGUGGACCAAACCAUGAGGGAGCGUGAGAGCGCAGUAGUCAUGCACCGGGCCUUCCAGAUGGACCUGAGCCGCAUGCGUCUGGCGUCCGCAAAGGCCUACGUCAAGGCCUUGGAGUCGAGCCUAACACCCAUGUCUGCCAGCCUAACAGAACCACUCAAAAUGAAUGCUGUGGUCCAGGGCCUGGGCCCGUCCUUCAAACUCACCCUCAACGUCCAGAACACGGCAGCAUGCCGACCCGUCAUGAACCUGACUGUCAGCUUUCUGUACGAUGAGAACCUGUACAGCAUGAGGAACCCAUUUUUUAAAAUACCCUUGCUGGUCCCUGGACUAAUUUACCCCAUUGAAACGUUUGUGGAGUGCACAAGCGACAAGGGUAUAUCUGACAUUAUCAAGGUGUUUGUUUUAAGCGAGGGAAGGAGCGCGCCCCUGCUAACUGCCCACAUCAACAUGCCUGUAAGUGAGGGCCUGGCCCUCAACUGAAUUAGACACUUGCAGGGAGAACAACUGUUUAUUUCAAGGAGAUGUCAUCUAGCACCGUUAAAAUUGAUAUUUUGGAUGCAAUCAACUCAGUGGGACUAGUAGGAUCUUCUCGUAUGAAGGUUUUUAAAAGAAAACCAUUUCCUAAGUCCCAGAAGUGUCAGAGUGGCUGUAAAUGUUUUUUCAACUAUGUCAAGUACUUGACAGUAAACGGAAGUAAUUGCAUUACUUUUCAGUCAGACAGCUAGGUGAUGAUCAUUACGGAUGUCGACAAUUACACUUUGACAACACAUUUCUCUGUGA